AUGCAACCCGAGUGGGUUCCAGACGUACGUAUUGGAAUUGCUUCAAUCAUUUGGCAAACUGACCACCUCCCAUUAGCAUUUAAUCACAAUCAAUCCCAAGCUGCCGAACAAGAAUAUGACCGCCUGCGUGACCUAGCCCGACAAGAAGCCGCAAAACGCUCUUCUUGUUUCGCCAAAUCUCAACAAGCAUAUGCCAACGGUGAUGGAGCGGCAGCGCAUGCGCUAUCUGAAGAAGGAAAGGAACACGGUGCAAAGAUGGAACAAUACAACAAGCAGGCUUCCGAAUUCAUCUUCCGUGAAAACAAUGCUCAGGGACGGGUUCCCGCCGAUACUAUAGACCUCCACGGUCAGUUUGUCGAAGAAGCAGAAGACAUACUCGAGGAGCGGAUUCGAUAUGCCCAAAGCCAUGGACAGACCCAUCUGCAUGUGAUUGUAGGCAAAGGAAACCACAGCUCCGGUCACAUCCAGAAGAUCAAACCUCGCGUCGAGCAGGUUUGUCGGGAAUUGGGACUGCAGUAUCACACCGAGGCAAAUGACGGACGUAUUUAUGUCAAUCUGACCGGAGGUGCCGUUGAUAUGCAGAACGUCAACAACUGGGGCGGCUACCAAUCGCAGCCGGGCUACCAACCGUCGUACUCUGGACACCAACAGCAGCAUGAAUACUCACAUUCACAACAGCUCCAUCAACAGCAGCAUCAACACCACAGCCAAGGUCCCCAAGGCCAAGAACAGAACGAGGAAGUGGAAAAAUUGGUCAAGAAAUUCCUUCCCAGGGUCAUCAACAAGCUACUGCGCAUGUUCUGCCAUUAG